AUGUUCUCAUCCAUUCAAUCCUAUUCACGCUUGUAUGCUUUCACAAUCAUUGGGCUUAUACCUUUGAUUGUUGUUUCUUCCCCUGUUGAAAGGCCUAUUCCAAGCGUUCUCAGACCGAGGCAGACCGAGGCUACUCCACAUCCUCUCGAUUACGCACCGGACUUCUCCAAAGACCCCUUUCCCCCUUGGCCAAACGUCAACAAAGAUGACGGCAGUAGACUGGAAACCCAGAACUGGCGGGGAACAAAGCUCUUUGGUUGGAAGGGCUGCGAGAAACAGGACCAACAGACCAUCGUCCAGACUUUCAAUGACUUCUAUACUCUGGCACAACAAAAAUCUGUGUGGGAUGAUAUUGACUGGGACUCGCAAGCUGCUCAGGAAAUCUGGGGCCAUGCAACUGACGACAGGAAGAAAGUUUUAGACAGCGUUAAACCCCAGAUCAAACAUAUUUUCGAAGCUACUCAACAAAUCUACAAUAAGAAUUGGUGGGUACCUCCAUAUAUCUACGAUCCGCCAUGGGUUGCUUGGAGAAAUUUAUGGAUCAGGGUCCAAUGCGCUCCCGACGGAGAUGAAAGCAAUACGUGCGGCGACAAGAAUCCGAAAUGCCCUGGAGGAACGCCACCUACCAAAGGCAAAACAAGUGAAGUGGAAGCUUACAGCGACAAUACACAAUGGUACAGCAAAAUCGUAUUCUGCAACUACUUCUUCAAUGGGAUGAGGUCUUUGAAAGAACAGAUGGAUACCGCGAAGAAGAACAAUCAGGCUUAUAAGAACGAUCUGUGGAAUUAUCAGAACCGUGCUCGUACUCUCUUCCAUGAGAUGACGCAUUUGGAUUACUUCAUGAGCACCCCAGACAAGAGUCCUUACGUAGACGAUGUCAAGAUAAGGGUCAAGUCUGGCAAGAGUGUCACCAACGAAAGGAGCUAUGGCCCGUCCAAUGUCAAAAUUCUGGCGAACUAUGAAGCUGUUGGAAAAGGCGGCUAUUACACACAACGAAAUGGUAAAAGCACACCUUCUGCCGACUAUGAUGAACGGCCAGCUAACCAAAUUUAUAGCGGACUCAUACGCUUGGUUCGCCAUGGCAAAGUAUGUCGAGCAGGAAAUGAAGCUGUAUGUGACCCUGACCACCCACACAUAGCACCCAAGGCUGAAGCUGACUUUCCAACCCCCAGCUAUCCCACAGAUCCGGUACAAAACCAAGCCCCCACCCGUGCACCCAAAGGCAGCAACGACCAGACCUUAUCCACAGACGACACCACCACCGACGACAGCCCCGAAGGCGACGCCACCAACGAACCCGACCACUUCGUCUCCGGGUGCGACGACUACAUCCGCACCGCGAACGCGGUCUGGGGAAUCGCCACGGUGAACGACGACGCCAAAACCGACUGCGACGACAGCAAACUGUCGGGAGUCAUGUUCAACGCAAUGACGAACGCGGACCCGCUGCAAUUCAACAUCUACGACAAAUUCUGCCAGCAGAUCGACGGCACGGUGAACUCGAAGCUCACGUACGACGCGCACGGCAACCCCAAGGACGCUCCCAAGAAGAAGGCGAAGCGCACUCCUCCCUCCGAUCCCGACGCAUUGAAUGAUUACUCCUUCGAACUGUCCUGGGAGACGGCUGGAGGGGACAAUAGGGGGUGUUCGCAAGAUGUGGUGAGUUGUCGUAAGGCGUUCGCUGACUUGACUACCUCGCCGUGUGGGCACCAGGGAGGCCAGAUGAACGCCAUGACGUCGGCGGCGAAGAUCACGUUGCCGAAUUGCGGCACUUAUGCGUGGUUGAUCACGGGCGGGGAUGCGGCGCCGACGGAUGGUGGGGGAGGGGGAGGGGGAGGGGAUAAGCCCGGGUGCCAGUUCACGGGAGAUCCGCUCACGGGCGGGUGUAAGUGCUCGGAUGGCUCGACGCCCGCUAGGGAUGAGGAUAAUAGGUGCUGUUUGUAUAAUCAACCUGGUGGGGAUCAGUGCUUUAGCAAUGGGUAA